UCUAUAGUUCCAGCUCGGCUACAACCGGGGGCUCCGAGCAGAUGACCGGCAUUUUGUCCGCCCUUAUCCGACUUGAACCUCACCAUGAGCUCGAUUCGACAUAUCCAGAUUCGAACUCCAAUUGGGGAUGCGCUAUCUCAACCCUCCCUCUUACGCAGACAAUUGAACUGUAACAACUGUACAAGUCCGGUUCUGUGCAGUCCAUGCACUGCUGCUCAAAGCAAUGUGGCCAGCCACAUGAUCCAUUCCUGUCAUUCUCGUCACCGCCCAGCAACCGACUCAUCAACUGGACGACACCAACAACGAGUAGUGAUAUCAAUGGCACGGGCUGUUGCAGUCACACGGGUCACAAUGGCCUCUUCCUGCGAUGAACCACGUUUUCCCAGGAGACCCUUCACUAAGCGGGCUUUCCCGUCUGUCGAUUCUCGUCAGCGGCGAAAGCAGAAAAAGAAAAAGAAAAAGGGAAUAGCCAUGCCUAGAAGAACCGAACCGGCGGGUAUUUGGCUGGGGAUCCACGAGGGCGAUAUCGGCCAAUCCUGCAUGCCAUGCCCAACUGAAUAUUGACUCAUGCAUUUGGUCCACCGUCUUUCUCUUGCUGCAUUGAGUAUCUCGUAUGUUGCUCUCCAUUUCGAGUCUCCAUUCAGUACCAGCAAGAUCUGAUACUGUGCUGUUAAGGGCGUGCUGCUAGCCUCUUGUAAACCUGUUCGUCACCCGUGUCCCCAUUCCGAUCCAACUAAAAAUCCCACUGCUCCACCCACCGGCAAUCCUUAAAUUCUAACCCACUGCCCCUCGGAACCCCCCCCCUCUUUAAGCUCUAAGGUAGG